AUGCGGAGGCUUGUCACUUUCAAGAGGCUCAGCCUGGGCUUUAGGUGUCUCCAUGUGCUGGCAAAACCUGGCCUUCAAGACGGCACCAAAGACGAGAAGCUUAAGAAGUCAACCUGGAAGCUCAGUGUGGAGCUUACUCAUCCAGCAGAAGAUGGAAGUUUUGAUUCUGGAAAUUCUGAACAGUUUCUACAGGAGAAAGUUACAAUGAAUGGAAAGACUGGAAACCCUGGCAAGGCUGUCCACACUGAAUACUUCAAGAGUAAAAUCACUGCUCUUUCUGAUAAACAGUUCUCUAAAAGGCAUUUGACAUACCUCACCAAGAAAUUCCAUGAAAAGAACAAUCUUUGUGAUUGGCUUGGUGUGGCUGCAUCUGACAAGAAGACGUCCAAACUUCAUUACUUACAGAUUAAUCAAGAUAAAGAUGGAUCUGACUCUGAGGACUCGAUGAAGCCAUCCCAUAUAGGGAUGCUAAUGGGAUGCUUUAUUUGCUAA